UAUAUAAACAUGUUUUUUAAUAUGAAGGCCUUCAGUUCUUUCGAUAGCGCACUGCCAGUCACAAUGUCCAGAUUAUUUAUAUUCGUAUUUAUUGCAUUUUGUGUUAAUAAUAUUUUCACUUUAGAUCCCAAAUGUACGUUGCCAUUGGAAACAGGAAUUUGCAGAGCUGAAUUACACAGAUUCGGUUACGAUACUAAACUGAAGGAAUGUACGCAAUUCGUGUACGGCGGUUGCCAUGGCAACGAAAACAAUUUCAAAUCUUUGGAGGAUUGUCGAGCGGCCUGCAAGUAGAAUAUACAAACCAUAUUGAACUCUAUUCUUAAAGAAAUAAGUAUCAAACUACCACACAGACUUUAACAUGUCACUGCGAAUCGUACAACUGCUUCUACAGAAACUUAGAUAAAGAAAUUAAUGACUGACCCGAAGAUAAAACAAUUCGCUGAUGUCCAAUAGCGGUGCAAAUAAAAAAUCGAUCGAUUCAUUGAACAUUUCAAUUGUUUGCUACCAAUUUUUUUUAGAGGUAUUUCUGUGAUAAGUUCUAUUGAAACAGUAGACUAUAUUUUCGUAUAACCCGCCCAUGUAAAUGUGCCAGUUCAUUAAUAUUACGUUCUCAGCGUAUGAGGCCUAUUUAACUCGGCGGGUUAUACUAAGUGGUUCGUAUUAUGAUUUAUGUUAAUAUGUUAUUUUAACAUGUUAUUUUAAUUAUUUGAACAAGUCUGUUUAAAAUAUUUUAAAAAUACAUUUUUAUAUUCUUUAAAUUUCAUCAUCAGAAUUCAGGCAUAACACAUCAGUAUAGUGUAACAUCUUUUUUUUUUUAAUUAUGUAAAUAACUUUAUUGAGCAAAAUAAAGUAUGGUACAAAAGGCGAACUAAAUGCUAGUAGCAUUCUCUACCAGUCAACUUUAGGGGGUGAACAGUGAAUCACCUAUGUGGUACUUCAUUAUUGAGAUAGAUAAAGAAAAAAACAAUUAUUAAUGCAUAUCUAAGAAAUAAAUAUUACACAUAUAAAUAAUAUAUUUUUUUUUUAUUUUUAUACAACUUAGAAUGGCAAACAAGUUGACGGACGGCUCACCUGAUGGAAAGUGGUAACCGUCGCCUAUAGACAUGAGCAGUACCAUGGACAUAACAUAGUAUACUGUUUCGCCCAUGAUACCCCCCAUGCGUUGCCAUUCCUGAGGACUCAGGUGUUAUUCCUCUGUACCCAGUAAAUUCACGCCAUAUCCCACCCUUCAAACCGAAACACAGCCAUGCAAACACAACUGCUUCACGGUUGAAACACGAAUGGGACAGAGGUACCCAAGCAAUCGACUUUUGUACAAAGUCUCCCUCUGGUAUGUUAUUUAUGUUUAUAUUUCUUUAUAUCAGAGGCCAUCUUUUUAAUUACUAUUAAUGUAAAUGUUACGUUGGCAAUAAUAAAUGUAAAGUUUUUUUUUUAAUUCAUAAUGUAUGUAACUUUUUGUUGUUGUCAAUAAAUGUUUUCUUUCUUUCUUUCUAAAUAUAAUGUUAAAUAAUUCUUUAAAGUUAUAACAAUAAAAAAAUAAACAGUUUUA